UGUUAAUAAAAUUUUUAGAUUAUGCUGUUGUUGUAACCAAAAUGGAGAUAAAUUUAUGAACUUUUCCAAUGUUACAAACAAGAGAAAGAAAAAGGAAAGUCGCAUCUCACCGCAAGAACAAAGAAAAGCAAGAAAAGAGUAAAGGGAAGGAAGAAAAAAAGGGUCUUGAGAAAUUUCGUUUAAGGAUCUUGACUUGAUUCUAUUGUUCUUUUAAUUCCCACCCAUUUCUUGCUGAGAAUGGGGAAUUCAUUUGGGUGUUCGGCGUCAGGGGAGAGAUUGGUGUCGGCAGCGAGAGAUGGCGACUUGGUGGAGGCUAAAAUGCUUUUGGAUUGCAACCCAUGUCUCGCUAAAUACUCCACUUUCGGUGGUCUUAAUUCCCCUCUCCAUUUUGCGGCUGCUAAAGGCCACAACGAGAUUGUGUCCUUGUUGCUUGAAAAUGGAGCUGAUGUGAAUUCCAGGAAUUACUGUGGCCAGACAGCAGUGAUGCAAGCUUGUCGAUAUGGGCACUGGGAAGUUGUACAAACUCUUCUGGUUUUCAGAUGCAAUGUAAUGAGAGCAGACUACCUCAGCGGUCGGACUGCUCUCCAUUUUGCUGCCGUAAAUGGUCAUGUGAGAUGUCUAAGACUUAUUGUGGCCGACUUUGUUCCUAGUGUUCCCUAUGAGGCCAUUAAUAGUCAGUCAGUUGUCAGCAGAAGUGAUGGUGUAAAUGUGAAGAACAAAUGUGAACAAGGUGCUUUGUCCAAGUUUAUAAAUAAGGCAGCUGAUGGUGGCAUUACUGCUCUUCAUAUGGCAGCAUUAAACGGAUACUAUGACUGUGUUCAUCUUCUUCUUGACCUACAUGCUAAUGUUUCGGCCGUAACAUUUCAUUACGGGACCUCUAUGGAUUUGAUAGGAGCUGGAAGCACUCCUCUGCAUUAUGCAGCUUGUGGGGGUAACUUGAAGUGCUGUCAGAUUCUCCUUGCAAGAGGUGCCUCGCGGAUGACUUUGAAUUGCAAUGGGUGGCUUCCGUUAGAUGUAGCCAGAAUGUGGGGACGCCACUGGCUUGAACCUCUGCUAGUUCCCAACUCUGACUCUAUAUUACCGAGAUUCCCCACUUCCAACCACCUAUCCUUGCCUCUACUGAGUGCAUUAAACAUUGCCAGAGAAUGCGGUUUUAAAUCUAUGGGAGCAACCUCGGAUGAUGGGGAUACCUGUGCUGUCUGUCUGGAGAGAGUAUGUUCUGUGGCAGCAGAGGGAUGUGGGCACGAGCUUUGUGUGAGAUGUGCACUCUAUCUUUGUUCGACCAGCAAUAUCCAUUCGGAAAUGAUUGGCUCAUUGGGCUCAAUUCCGUGUCCGCUUUGCAGACACGGUAUUAUAUCUUUUGUAAAAUUGUCAGGUGCUACAGCAAAAGAAAAACAACUUCAUCUGUCUCUUAGCAUAUGCAGCCCAUGCAUUCUUCACACCGGCGAUGCUGAAGAUCAAGCUUCAACUUGUACGCCAGAGAUCCGUAAGAACCGUGUGGCUUCCGUUUCUUCAGAUGUAUUUUGCCCAGUAACUUGCAGCCCAUUCCCAUCUGCUGCUAUUCCUUUGUGUACAUGCAACGACGGUCCAUGCCCGACUUUUGAGUCCCGAGACGUUGGAACAGAAGAUGAAUCACCACGUCAAUCACAAGCAACCCCUAUAGACCAGGACAAAUUGGGAGGUCCAAGGUCAGAAAGAACUAGCUGUUCAAGCAUGUUUUGGGGCAGGAGAAGCUGUAGCAGGGAGAAUCAAUGCAAUUCAGAGAUAAACGCUUGACAUGUCUGGUUAGUAUCGGGUCAGUCAUCUCGACUGAGACUUGAGAAUUUAUAGUAACAACGAUCCUGAAAGUUCCAGUGGAGAUAAAUGUCAUGGAUACAAAGUUUGUCGUAACAUGGUUCGUUUUUCUCUUCGGUUUUGAUGCCAAUUUUUCUGAUGCCUUUAGGAGGCCUGGUUGGUGUGAAUGAUUUGUUUGGGAAUGACAGCAGUUCUGAGCAUUGUUCUGCUUCAAACUCAUUGCUGCUGCCUUCACUUUAAUAGGUAGGGGAAAUAUUUGUAAAAUCUGUAUGUUGGAAUUUUAGUGUCAGCUUUCACUGUAAUUGAAUGAAUAUCAGUAAAAGGAAAAAAAAAAAAGAAAAAAAAGAAGAGAAUACUAUUUAUUAGAUGGCAAUACUUUGAAGAUGGUUUCCUUUUCCUUUUUUUCAUAACCCAAGUGCUUGUUUCAAUAUUAGGUUGAAUUACAAAUUUCCUUGA